CUUGACCCUAACUCCCGCGAAAAUCUUGAAUGGAUCCUGCUGAAGUAGAAUUUCUUGCUGAAAAAGAGGAAAUAUCUGUCGUCCCUAACUUUACACAGGAUAAAAUAUACCUGAUAGGUGGAGAUGUAGGGCCAUUUAAUGCUGGGCUACCUGUCAAAGUUCCACUAUGGAUGGCCAUUAAUCUGAAGCAAGGACAGAAAUGUAGGAUUAUUCCCCCUGAUUGGAUGGAUACAGAGAGGCUUCAAGACAAGAAACAAGAAGAAACUGAUAGCAAGUUCUUUACAGAGAUGCCUAGUCCUCAUUUCAUGGAAAUAACACAGUUGUUACUUAAAUGUGCCACAGACGAUAUUCCACAUGCUGAUGAAAUUAGAACCCUUGUAAAAGAUAUAUGGGAUUUAAGAAUUGCAAAGUUGAGAAGCAGUAUUGACACUUUCUUAAAAAGUGAUGCUACACAUGCCAAGUUGAAUUAUUUGACAUUGAUGGAGUUGAACACUGCAAGACCAUUCCUUACCAAAGCCUUGGAUCAAAUGCAUCUGUUGAGAUCAAACCUUAGUGGGAGAAUACAGUCAACACAAGAAUGAAGAAGCUCUAGUUAAAUUGACAAUUUAAUCAACAUUAGACUCUUAUGUUGCAGGAUUUCUGAUUCUUGGAAAAAUGCCAAGAAUUUUAAAGUAGAAAAUAUGAAUGAAGAUGACAGUGAUACAUGUACUGUGAUACAUGUACAGUGAUACAUGUACUGUUAAGAUGAAAUUUUUAUACCAGAAAUCGAUGCAGCAUGAUAUGUAAUAUAAGUAAUUUAUGAAGUUUAUUACAUAAUAAAAUACUACUCCGAUUAGUUUAAAGAA